CUGCAAACUGGAGUUGAUAUUCAACGUCCCAUGAGCGACGACAGCAGCAGCAACCAAGUCGGAUUCAGAUCACGAGUCAGCAGCAAUUGUGAACGGGAGGAAGUGGAGCGAUCUUUACGAUCGUCCGCUCCUGGUUGAGAAUGUGUUCCAUAUUUCGCAAUCGCAUCAAUUAUCGGGGCACAGGAACGCGCACUGCUACCUCCAAUGGCAGUGGAGGAGGCGCAGGUGGCGGUGGAGGAGGUGGAGGCAGCAACAGCAGCAGCUCAGAUCCCAUUGGCGAACGGGAGAGUCUCCUGGCCAAGGAACUGAAUGCGGACAGCAAUAACAAUGCGGCGGAUGAGACAAUCGAGCCGGAAAUGGAGAUGGAGCUGCAGCUGGAGAAGGAGAAGGAGAAGCAAUCGGAGACAUCACUGCCCAGCUCCGAUCAGCCAGAGAAUAGCAAUGAGGCAUUGGAUCUCUCGGUCAUCUCGGGCAAUCGGUUGCCCAACAGUGGGCAUGUGGCACUAGAAGCUUUACAACAUACCAAAGUGGCGGUGGCUCAGUUUGCGGCCACGGCGCUGGCGGCGGCAUCCACAGAUCCCAGUGAUCUGGCCAUGGUGCAGUCGACCAUCUUCAAUGUGCAGCGACAGCAUCUGAUGCAGCUGCAGCUCAUCCAGCAUCUACAGAGUCAAUUGAAGCGAGCGGGGGGAGUGGUCGCCGCCCUCAGCCGGCAGGGUCAAAACUAUGCCGAGCAGGAUGACGAUGAAGCGGGAGAGGAGGCCGAAGAUGUGGAGGAGUUGGAAGAGGAGCAGCAACUGUCGAUGCCAUCCAAAGAGCCGUCGCGAGUGAACGGUGAGCGAACCGAAUUGGAUCAUGCAAGGCUGGAGGAGAGUUCAAAGACUGAUGACGAGUGCAAUAGGCUGGGCGAGAGACCAAGGCGCGCCUUGGCCAGGGAAAGAUCGCGGGAGACGACGAAGACAGAGGCGGAGGCGGAGGCUGAAGCCGAAGGCGAACACGAGCUGGCCGAGAGCGAGUACAAGCCACUGAUGUGCGACAUUAGCUCCAGUCUGGCGUCCAGCAUCAUCACCAAUCAUGAUCCGCCGCCGGCGCCCAAUGAGCCCAACUGUCUCGAGAUGCUCCAGCGUCGCACCGAGGAGGUGCUGGACUCUGCAUCGCAGAGUCUGCACGCCGCUCAGAUGCAGGAGGAGUACUCGGAAUAUGCCACCAAGGAGGCGCAGAGUCGCGGCGAGAUCUUCAAGCAUCGCUGCAAAUAUUGUGGCAAAAUCUUCGGCAGCUAUUCGGCCCUGCAAAUCCAUUUGCGUUCGCACACAGGCGAACGACCCUUCCACUGUAAUGUUUGCGGCAGCAAGUUCACCACCAAGGGCAAUCUCAAGGUGCACUAUCAGCGGCACACGCAGAUCUUUCCGCCCAUGCUGAUGCCACCCGUGGUCAACGGGGUCAGUGCACCCGAGCAGUUUGCUGCCAUUCGGCUGCCGUUUGUGACACCACCAGUGGUGGCAGCAGCAGCAGCAGCACCACCACCACCACUGGCAGCACCACUACCACCACCACCACCCCCACCCCCGCCGCCAAGCAACGAACAGUCAGCGCUGGAGCAGCUACAGGAACCGACAGCUCUGGGACGACUGCAGCAGGCCGAGGAUCUAAGUAAGCCACCAGCCACCAGAGAGUUAUCGCAGUCACCCGAGCAAGUCACGCAACCAGCUCCGUGUACCAAGUCGCUUAUCGAGCCUCCUGCGCUGGUGUCGCCCGAGAAACAGGACCAGGACAAGAUGAAGGACAGUCCCAAGCCAACGACACCGCCAACGCCACCCGCUCCCUCGCCAACAACACCAACAACUCCAGCAGCAAGCAAUCGUCGCAAUGGUAGUGUCCGCAAGCGACAGACAAGCCAGGCGGGUAGUCCGCCUGGCGAGGAGCAUCCUCAUGCCGAGCAUCACUCGCACCUGGUCAAGUUGGUGCGCCGCUCGUCGGCGAGCCGGGAUGGGAUGACAGCGAUGCCUGGCGGUGGUUUGCCUGGCGAGUAUUCGUUGGCGCAGAUGGAGCGUAUUAUUGACAAGUCGUGGGAGGAUCUCAUUGAGAUCGACAAGACGUCGGAGACAUCGAAGCUGCAGCAGCUGGUCGAUAAUAUUGAGAACAAGCUGACCGAUCCCAAUCAGUGCAUCUUCUGCCAGAAGGUGAUGUCCUGUCGCAGCUCCCUGCAGAUGCACAUACGCACCCAUACCGGGGAGCGACCCUUUCGCUGCAAGAUCUGCGGACGCGCCUUCGCCACCAAGGGCAACCUGAAGGCGCACAUGAGCAUCCACAAGAUCAAGCCACCGAUGCGCAGCCAGUUCAAGUGUCCGGUGUGCCAUCAGAAGUUCUCCAACGGCAUCAUUCUGCAGCAGCAUAUACGCAUCCAUACAAUGGACGACGGCAGCGCUGGUCAUGUUCAGCUGCAGGGGCAGGGUGGCGAUGUCGAACGCUUGGGCAUCGAGGAUCAGAACUCGAACAAAUCGAUGGGCACCUCAGACACGCUGGACUUCUCGACAACCGUCUCGGAUCAUUCGGGUCAGCGAUCGGAGUCAUCGCAGGGCGGCGACUUCGAUGAGUUCAUGACCAUGGACAGCACGGAUGAUUCACGUGACAAUUCCAGCGCACUGCUCGACAGGGAGAGGGAGCGAGAUAGACGGCUGCCAGGGCAUGAUGAUGAGCGCUCCCGGUCGGACGAUGUGGAGGGCAGCGGACGUGAAAGUGCCAGCGGUGAGAUGCCCGCCAUGGAUCUAUCAUCACCAUCGCCAUCGGCCACAUCGCUGGCACGUCUCUUUGGUGUCGGUGGCGGCGGCAACAGCGGUGCCACGUGCUCAGGCGCUGGAGUUGCUGCUGCUGCGGCUGCUGCAGCCAAUUCAGGCGGUUUGCCGAUGUUGCAUGGCAUGCCGAUGCCACCGAAUCUGCUGCUGAUGGCCGCGGCCAGGGAGGAGAUGCAUGCGCUGGGCCAGACGCAUGCCAAGUUUCCGCUGCUGCCCUUCGGACCGCUCGGAUUAAUGGGACUGCAGCCGCCCCCAAAUGUGUGCAAUCUGUGCUUCAAGAUGCUGCCCAGCCUGGCCGCCCUCGAGAGCCAUCUGCAGAGCGAACAUGCCAAAGAAGUGACGGCUCCUUCCGUUCGAGCCCACUGCAACGAUGCGUUAUCACCCUACGGUGCAAAGCUCACUCUCAAUCCAAAUCUGUUUGCCAAGAAGCCGAAGCCAUCCUCAACGCUGGAGAUGGCGCCUGCGGACCCAGUCACGCCAUUGUCGGCACCCAUUAAAGAGGAGCCCGAAUCAGAUCAGCAGCUGCAGCUACUCGAUGAGGGUGGCUGCGAUAGUGGCACCAGUAGUGGUACUUCUGCUGCUGCUCCAGCUACUGCUGGGUAUCAGCAUGAGGCUGCCGCCGAUGCGGAGCAAUCCCUAAUGAAGAUGCAGUUGCAUGCACAUCGAUUUCCAGCUGGUCCGCUGGACUUUCAGCAGGCUUUGAUGUCGGCCGGCCCGCCCAGCUCUAGCUUGGAUCCGCCGGUGAAUAACAAGCACUUUUGUCACGUCUGUCGUCGCAAUUUCAGUUCGAGUUCGGCACUGCAGAUUCAUAUGCGCACCCACACCGGAGAUAAGCCGUUUCAGUGCAAUGUGUGUCAGAAGGCCUUCACCACGAAGGGUAACCUUAAGGUGCAUUUCCGUUACUGCUCGCAGAGGCCAGUGCUCAAAACUGAUCGCCAUUUCCCUAUGCCAAUGGGCCACUCCACUGAUUUCUUGCAGGUUCACAUGGGCACGCAUAUGUGGACGAAUCCGACAUCGCGUCGCGGCCGUCGCAUGUCCCUGGAGUUGCCGAUGCGACCGGGACCUGGCCCGGGCCCAGGUGCCGCACAUGGUGUACCAACGGCUGAGCAGGAGUUCAUGCAGCGACGUCCAGAACUGUUCUUCCCAUACUUGCCACCCUUCUUCAACGGAAUGCCACCCAAACCCGGCGAAUUGAGUCCUGGCGCUUUUGCCAACAUACCUCCACCGCAUUUUGCAAAUGGAGCCAAGUAUCCAUAUCCACCGGGUCUGCUCAGCUUUCCUGGCUUUCUGGGUGGUGCCGGCGGUCAUCACCAGCAUCCCUAUGGCGGAGUGGAGCGAGGCAACAGCAAGUCACCCACAUCGGAGCCGGCACAGAGUCCUGCUUCUCGUGAGGAUGACUCGGGUCUCAGUAAUAAUAUCUGGCAUCCGCUGAGCAGCAUUAAGAUGGAGAACAAUCAAAAUGAGAGCACUGGCAAUCAGAGCGAGCAGGAACAGGAACCGGAACCGGAACAAGAGCAGGAUCAGGAGGAUAAUAAGAGUGUAGGCAUCGAUGCGGAUGGCGAGCCUGAGGCGGAUGCUGAGGAUUCAGCUGAGAAGUAGUGAGAGAGAGGGGGAGAGAGGGGUAGAGAGGGAGAGAAUACACAUGGUUUUUGUGGAGUACAUAUCUUGAGCAUUACACUACGCUAAGCUUGACCUAGCACACAUAUAUACGAAUAUAUAUCCUCUGUGUCUAUAUAUAUAUACAUAUAUAUAUAUAUAUAUAUAUAUAGUAUGAGUAUGAAUAAUUGAUAGCGAUCUUGAGGCAUUUAAAUGCAUUAAGUAUAGCAAUAAGUUGUAUAAAUCGCAAAACGUAAAUGAGAACGAGAAUGAGAACAAAUAAGACCGAAUCGGCAGCACUCACACAAUUAACUAAUUUUAUGGCUACACAUAAUACAUACUUAACAAAUAAUUAUAAUAAUAAUAAUAAUAAUAAUAAUAAUAAUAAUAAUAAAGUAGAUACACGUAAUGUAAACUGUGGUAGUUGCAUAUAAAAAGCGAAACCCAAAUCGAAAAUCGAAUGAUCAAAAAUAAAAACCA